GUUGAAGAGUCGGAGGUGCGAGGCAAGGAGGUGUAGCGCCCGUGCUCCGUGUUCUUGUGCUCUGCGCACACCACUGCCCUUGUCACAGCCUGUGCGCCCGCUAGUGUCGUUACCAUGGCGGACUACCUCGAUAUGUGGCAAGACAUAGAGACUGUGCUCUUGGGAGAUAUCAAGUUUUCGACCAGCGAAGGAGCCACUUCUACCUUCACACCCACCACCCACCCACAGCCACCCACGCACCCACAAGCCCACAUACAGCGGCCAGCAAACCCACAGCAGCACUCACAGUUACACAUAUUGCCACACCAUAGCCUACAACACCAUCCGCCCACCCACCUAAACACUCCUGCACACCCCCACACGCCCACCCACCCAAACACACCCACACACUCCCAUCCACCCACCCACCCAAAUCCACCCACACACUCACAUCCGCCCACCCACAUAAAUCCAAUGGCUCAACCACAUCCGCCCACAACAGUCACACAAGGUGUGGUUAGCAGCUCGCCGGGGCUGACAGCAGCGGUGGGAGUCAACGUGUGUCAGCCUGAGUCCCGUACACUGUCACCUGCGUCAGGAGACCCAUGCCCUACUUCCUCUUCCUACCCAGCCUCCUACAACAGUCACCUGUGGCGCGUCAAGAGCGAGUACGGGGAGCAGGUGGUGCCAGAGGCCAGCUGGGAAUACAAGGAGAGCUCUUCAUGGAGUGAGUACUACCAAAGCAGCGAGCCCAGUGUGCAGUAUGGGUACUUUCCCUCUACCCCGCCCUAUCCUGCUGACCUCUAUCCUCCCUCCAGCUCCGGCCAGCCAGCCUAUCCAACGGGAUUACCGCCGAUGUCCACCAACCCGCUGUUGACUCCACCUUCAUCACCAUCACUAAUGGUCGGUCAGGUGCCUGCCGGCCUUAAUGGUUCCCUGGCACCAAACAUGACAUCUUGCCUGCCUGUGGGCCUGCCUCACGGUUUCCCGACGGUGACGCAGCAACAGCAGCAGCAACAACAGCAAGCACCCACUAAGCCGAAAACCCGACGAAGACGUACCUGGACUCGACGCAAGGCCAUCAUCCACACCUGCAAUCACAACGGCUGUGCCAAGACGUACGCCAAGUCGUCUCACCUGAAGGCACAUAUGAGGACUCACACUGGGGAGAAGCCCUACACAUGCGACUGGAAGGGCUGUGGCUGGAAGUUCGCGCGCUCAGACGAGCUCACCCGUCACUACCGUAAACACACAGGUGAUAGACCUUUCCAGUGCCGACUCUGCGAGAGAGCUUUCUCUCGCUCAGAUCACCUCAGUCUUCACAUGAAGCGUCAUAUGGCUCUCUGAGCCUUACAUCGUCACAUGACUCUCAGACUCACGUGAGAUGUCAAGAGACUAAGACUCACCAGAAAUGUACCAUGGCUCUCUCAGACUUACAAGUUUCUUGUACUGUAAGGCUCAUGAGAAGUGCUAUAUAGAACUGAAAACUUCGAAGUAGACGUCUAGUUGCCUUUUGAGGAUUACAAAGUGUCAUAACGCUCACUGAGGCUCACAGGACCUUCAGCUUUAUGUAAAUGAUCCUAGGAAUUUGUCUCAUUCCUGCACCAUGACGUACU